AUGAUGUUCACAUACUUGUGCAUAUUAAUUCUUACUCAAUGUUACCCAACAGUUAUCAGUGAAGAUAAUAUCGAUAAUGAACCAGCUAAUUCAUUAGUUCGUCCGGAAAUAUGGAAUUGGUGGGAUUAUUCGGAUGGUGUUAGUGGUCCGGCAUUAUGGGGAGUGUACUUUCCACUUUGCGACGCAGGCCGUUUUCAAUCACCGAUUAAUAUUGAAAGUCGUUAUUUAAGUUUUGAUCAUGAAUUAACACCUAUCUAUAUGAAUAACAGUGAAAAUGCACAUGGUAUUCUUCAUAACGAUGGACGUAAUUUAUACAUAACCAUUGCAUUGGAUUCCAGUCGCAAGAUUGAGAUUGGUGGAGGACCACUUCAAUACAGAUAUCGACCAGUUGAAAUUUACAUUCGUUUAACACCACCUUUAUUAGGCGACGACAUGCCACGAGGAAGCGAACAUCAGAUAGAUAAUCGAUCUUUUCAUGGCGAAAUUCAACUUGUCGCAUACAAUAUCGAUCUUUACAAGAGUUACAUUCAAGCUCAAACAUCUCCCAAAGGAAUUGCCAUCGUCUCAAGUAUGCUCAUGUUGGGCGGCGAUGCUUCUGAACAGUUACGAUACGUCUUACAUCAAGCUGAACUAUUGAAUAACACACAGCGACCAUCAGAUAUUGAAUUGCAUAAUCUUGAUAUAAAAAAAUUAAUGGCUUUUUCACCAGAAUAUAUGACAUACGAAGGUAGUUUAACAUGGCCUGGAUGCUUUGAAAGCGUUACAUGGAUCAUAUUUAAUGAAUACCAACAAAUUCUAAGUACUUAUUUACAAACACUCUUCCCGAAUAUCCUUCGAUUCGUGACAAAUCGUCGGUCGUUGGUAGUUGGAACAAGUGUACAUAGGAACGUUCGAACAAACAUCGGCCUUCACCAAUGGUUUCGCUCAACAACUCCUUCGUCAUCAUCAACCUGCCAACCGAUGAAUAAUGUCCUUCAAUAUCAAAUUAAUGACGACUUUGGCAUAUCAAAUAGUUAA